AUGCGUCAAAGAGGAAGACAACGUCGAGAGGCUGAUGGCGAGGGACAGCAGGGAGCUGCUCCUGAGGUUGAUCCGCAGCAUCCGGCAUUUCCCGGAGGACCUACGGAUACAUCAUUAUUGGUUAGAUAUCAGAGGCACGUUGCAUAUCAUUUAUGGUUGGGCGAGGAGAGACGACCAAAGCCGACCUUAAAGGUUGCUGCACAUGGCAGCAAAUUAAUAGGAUGGGUUCCGGCAAUGCUCCCAAGGCAGAUGGAAAAUUGGUUAGUUGCAUCUGGCCUUUCAUCUUUGCAGCAUACUAGUUUGUCGAGGGUAGAUACGCAUCUAUUAUCUACUUUUGUUGAGAGAUGGCAUCCUGAAACAUCGUCAUUUCAUAUGCCGUUCGGCGAGAUGACCAUCACGCUAGACGAUGUUUCUUGUCUUCUUCAUGUACCGAUUAGGGGCCAGCUGGUUGACCCCGAUGUUGUUGUCACCGAUUAUGAUGCUAUCCAUCUAGCUGUUGAGUUGUUUGGUGUUUCGCUGAGUGAUGCAACUGCAGAGGCUUCUGCUGUUGUACCAUUCUUGCCGACAAGACGUUUACUCUUGUCGAGGCAAAAUAUCUUCCACUUUUGA